AUGAGUUAUCACCAGUAUAUUCCAAACAAAGAACCGGCUUCUCAGUUAUCGAUUGAGACAAUUCCAUUUAAUGCACAGACCAACCCUAUAAAUGGAGCGGGCAUAAAUAAUCAUUCGCUACAAUUUUCUCCUACCAACGAGCAAUUUCGGCCCAUGCCUCCUCAACAGGUAAUCCGGCCACAGAUAGUGGACAGUUCACCUACAUCUACUUCGCAUGACAUGUUUCAGAGCCCUACUCAGUUGACGUCGCAAAUGAAUAGAUUUCAUUUACAGACGCCGACCACCGAUAGUAGUCCAGUAUUUUCUAACAACAAUAAAAAUGGCUCCACUAACGUACAUGUCUUCCAGACAGUUACACCCACCAAUAGUAUACCAAGGAGCAAUUAUCAAAACCAGUAUGUUUUUACACAGAAUCAGCAUGCUACACCCAUAAUGGUGGGACAAGCUACAAUGAACAUGUCACCUAAUGCAAAUUCAUACCAGCAUAAUCAACUGGCUAACCAACACUUGGUUCAGCAACAGUUUUUGAUGCAGCAACAACAUUUGAUGGCCCAGAACAACCAGUUUAUUCCGGCAAACCCAAUGAACCAGAACAUCGAGCACAAAGUCACAAAACAAGUAGAUAAUGAUAAGAAGGUUUCCCACAGCAGAAAGUCUAGCGUGGCCUCUAGCGUCACCAAACCUUCAAAGCCAAAGAAGUCUUCAAGAUCCAAAAAGGAUUCAUUUUCCAGCUUGGAAGAUCUAAAAGCUUCGGAUGUAUACGAAUACGAUAAAGAAAUUACAAUAGAUGAUUUAUUAAAGGAUGAUCCAUUGCUUGAAUUAACAAGCCCAGUGGCGCUUGAAGAUGAGAGUAAUGACAACAGUUUAUUUUCCAGCUUUAUCGAUUAUGAUGAUAUGUCUCAACCACAACCGAACUUUGUUGGUUUGGGUUUAGAUUUGGAUUUUAACUUGAACGAAAUCAUGAAUGAGCCUUCGACGAACGGAAGUACUGUUAAAUCAAAUUCAAACCUAUCAUUAUAUAAGAGACCAUCUACCCCAGAACAAGAUAAACUGAUUGAGCAAUUCGGAUCUCCUAAAAAGAAAUCGUCUUCUCCAAAAUCUUCUAGAACGCCAUCUAGCUCACCCACGAAAUAUUCGCUGGAUAAAGUAAUCCAAAAAUCAGAUACGUUAAUUGGAGCUGUACCACGUUCGUCAUCAAAUUCUUCAAUCAAUACGACUCCUGUAAAUAGGAGCCAGCCUAGUUUUUCAUUGAGCGAAUGUUCGAAUACAUUCCCCGUGAAUUCAAAUACCACUAAUAAUUUCUCAUUCGUUAUCGAAAAGAAAUCGUUUUCGAUACAGUCUAAUUCAAACUCCAAGUUAAGAAGAAAGUCAUUACCCAAAAUUAGUCAAAAAGUAAAUGAACGACCAAGCGUGAAGAAAGCAAACAGCGUGACUGAUGCUAGUAUAGUGAAACCUAGUAACCAUACACCUAUAGCGCAUCAUCAUUCUUCUAGCUCUUUAGCUACUUCACCUAAGGUCUUGAGAAACAUGAAAUCAGGUAUGUUACUGUUUCAACUUGACUUAAACAAUAAUGGGAAUAAAUAA